AAUAAUUGAGAGAAAAAGCCCUCGUUCGACGCUUCCUCUGAUUUAAUGUCUACGAACGCGGCGGGGGAUGGUGAUUCCGGAACGACUUCGGUGGCGGCGGAGAUGGCUGAAGCUCAGUACGUGAGGGCGAAGACGUCAGUAUGGUGGGACAUAGAGAACUGUCAAGUCCCAAAAGGUCUUGAUGCUCAUGGAAUUGCGCAGAAUAUUACUUCGGCGCUUGGUAAGAUGAACUACUGCGGUCCUGUUUCAAUCUCUGCUUAUGGAGAUACCAAUCGUAUUCCUUUAACGAUCCAGCAUGCUCUCAAUUCUACUGGAAUCGCGCUCAACCACGUCCCUGCUGGAGUGAAAGAUGCCAGUGAUAAGAAGAUUCUAGUGGACAUGUUGUUUUGGGCAUUGGACAAUCCCGCCCCUGCAAAUUUUAUGUUAAUUUCAGGAGAUAGAGACUUCUCCAAUGCUCUUCAUGGAUUGAGAAUGAGACGUUACAAUAUAUUACUGGCACAGCCUCUGAAAGCAUCAGUUCCGCUUAUUCAUGCUGCAAAGACUGUGUGGCUUUGGACAGGCCUAUCAGCUGGAGGAUGUCCUCUCACCCCAAGCGAAAGCUCACAGCUUGUUGUGAAUGCGACUCUCCAAGCCUCUGCUUCUGAGACGUCAACUCCGGAGUGUAUUCGAUCAAGCCAACCUCUGGAUUCAAAUUCUGACCCUAGAAGAAUUGGUGACAACAAAUUUAAGUUAAAAUACCUUCCAAAACCAUCAAAUCAGCAGCCUGCUGUGCCAAAGGUUCAGGAAAGUAAGCCAAACAAUAACUACCGUCAGCAGCAGAACACUCAAGGGAAACAAUUUAAGAAAGCUCCACAUGAGGUUUUUGGCAGUAGCGAGCCAUCUAGUAGACCUCCUCCCAAUUUACCCUCUAGCAAUGUUAACCAUUUCCCUGGUAAUGUGAUGAGUAACCCUCAGAAUCAGAAUCAGAAUCAGUACAAUUAUCCUCCUAGACCUAGUCCUUUUCCUCCUAGACAACCUUAUCCUAACCCUGAUCCUUCUUGGAAUAAUGGAAAUAGCAUUCCAAAUCAUGCUCAGAACUACUAUUCCAAUGCUGCCAGGCCAGGUGCUCCUAAUAUGCAGCCACCUUAUGGUAAUGUUUUCCGCCCUUAUCGCCCCGAGAGUCUGCAUCCUCCAACUGGUAAUGGUUUCCAUCCAAGAAGUGACGGGCCUAGGUAUUCUUCUCCACCUCUCUUGACUGCACCUGAUAUCAGCAAUCUAAGUAUGUCUCAGUAUCCAAAUCAAAUUCAAAAUCGUCCUAAUUUCAAUCCUCAAGUUAGACAAGAAUUCAGACCUAAGAUGGAAGCCUCAUAUUCUCCCAGCUUAAACGGUCCAAAUAAGGGUUAUCUUCCACGAAGUAGUAGUGCCCCAGUAACACAGUCUACGACAACCAUAGGCUACACCAAUUCCUCCACUCCUGGAGUUUCGCCUUCUCAGCCUCCAGUGGUUACUGGAUCUGGUUCUGGUUCCAGCAAUGGUAUGUGGGGAACGCAAGAGUGUCCUCCACCAUCUGAGUAUGUUCAAGGCCUUAUAGGCGUCAUCUUACAUGCUCUAAAUAUCUUGAAAAUUGAAAAAGUUAUGCCUACCGAGCCUAAUAUCUCGGAUUGCAUUCAGUACGGAGAUCCAAAGCAUCAUGGUACUGACGUAAAGAAGGCUUUGGACAGUGCAGUAGAGCACCAUAUGAUCAUGGUGAAAAAUGUAGGGAAACUAAAACUCUACAUUGGUAGAAAUGAAGCUCUAUGGAAUUGUGUAAACCCUUUAGGGGGAAACCCUAAGCAAUACCCAAAAGCAACUUGGGAUAGAAUACAAAAAUUUCUAACCUCAUCUUCUGGGCGGGCAGCUUUUACGGUGACUCAGUGCAGGUACGAAGCUGCACAAGUUCUGAAAAGAGAAUGUCUACAAGAGCUGACUUUAGGUGAUAUACUUCAGAUUUUGAACAUAACAGCAACCACAAAGAAAUGGAUAACUCAUCAUCAAACAGGAUGGAAACCAAUUACUAUUAGUCUUGCUGCAGAGACUACAAAUGAGACAGCUACCGAAACGGAUACAGGUAUCCAAACCGUUGCCUGAAAUUCAAUCUUUGCUCCAUGAAAUAUUGGAGUAGUAGCCAUAAGCAGAUCAUAUAUGGGUUCCUACUUUAAAUACCAAAUGUAAGAGAGCGCUAAGACAUGGAAAAUAGUGUUUUCCAUAUCUAAAACUUCAGAAUGAGGUGAUUCUGAAGUCUAAGUACCAGUUCCUUAGUAGUUAGUAGUAGCAGUACUUUUCUCUUGUCUUUUUACUUUCCUCGGUUUAGUCUUAAGGAUACAAGGGAAAAAUUUGGGCGUGGUUACGAUUUUGAUAUAUUGGUCAUGUAUUAGCACAUGGUUGGGUUCAUAAAAAGCUCAAGUGUUGCCAUCACCAAGAAGAUUGCUCAAUUUCAUGUGGAGGAUGAUAAACAUGUGGUUGGGAGUCUCUCUUCAUCACCUAAGUUUCUGCAUCAGUUUAUUUUGUUUCUUUUGGUCUUGAAGAGGUUACAGUUAUUUUCGUGAGAUUCUACUGUCGUUGGGAGGAUAUUAUGUGUAAUGUCAACCUUUCUUUUCUUUUUAGUUACUUAUCUUAUUCUGAAAUCUGAA